UUGGUUUCAUAUACUUAUUUUAAUAUUCCAGCUGGAAAGCGAAAGACUAUUCCAGCAGACAGCAAAUCCACUCCGGUAAAAAAGGCUAAGGUUAGAGACACCAAAUCUAACCAUGAUAAUGCCAGUGAUGACGAUAAACCUGCAAUUGCUAAAAUAAUUAUUAAAGGAAGAGUUCCAGUGGAUCCCCAGUGCACUGGGAAAGUUAAUGUCGCACAUGUACUUCAUGACGGUAACAAUGUUUACAACUUCAUGCUUAAUCAGACAAAUUUACAGAACAAUAAUAAUAAAUACUACAUGGGUCAAGUUCUGGAGGAUGACUCUGGUGGAAAUUACUCUGUUUGGUUUCGUUGGGGUCGAGUUGGAAAAACAGCUCAAACUUCUCUCCAAAGCUUUGGCUCUAAAGACCAAGCUAUUUGGGAAUUUCAAAAGAAGUUCCGCGAAAAGACUGGUAAUGCUUGGCACUGUCGAGCUAACUUCAUAAAAUAUCCUGGUCGCUAUGAUCUCAUUGAGCAAGAUUUUGGUGCAAGCCGUAAGUAUCUAGAAAUAAAAUACUUGAGUGCCCUAAUUGAGAUGAUCAGUGACAUCAAAGCGAUGGAGCAUCAGAUGCGGGAGAUGAACUAUGACGCACGUCGGUCACCCCUCGGCAAGUUGACCCCUGGACAGAUCAAGGCCGGUUACGAGGCUCUCAAAGAGAUCUCCGAUUGUGUGGAGGCCUUGAAGAAACUGGAGGAAGAUGAACAGGAUGGUCCAAAGACUGGGAGAGGCAAAGCAAGAAAGCGAAAAGGUAAUCCUAAUCCCGAUGACAAGAAGGCUCUUAGUGACAAGCUCCUGCAUGCUUGCAAUACCUACUAUACUCGAAUUCCACAUGAUUUUGGAAUGCGAGUUCCUCCCCUGAUCUCCACUCCGGAUGAUGUCAAAAGCCAGUUGGACCUUCUCAAAGCUCUCGAAGACAUUGAGGCGGCCUUCAGCGUUAUCUAA